AUGUACCUCUGGGAGCAGCCAGUGGCUGGUCUGUGCUUCACCAUUUCAUCUCAUGCUGAGGAAACAGAGCUCAUGUACUACUAUCUCACUGCAAAGAAGCCUUGCUUUUCUUUGCAGUCCUACUACUUUGGAGAGAUCAGCAUUGGGACACCACCACAAAAUUUCCUGGUCCUCUUUGACACGGGUUCAUCCAACCUGUGGGUGCCCUCCACCUACUGCAAGAGCCAGGCCUGUUCCAAUCACAACACGUUCAACCCCAGCAUGUCUUCCACCUACCAAAACAAUGGGCAAACCUAUACACUAUACUAUGGAAGUGGCAGCCUGACUGUGCUCCUGGGAUAUGACACCGUCACUGUUCAGAACAUCGUCAUCCAUAACCAGGAGUUUGGUCUGAGUGAGAUUGAACCUAGCAACCCCUUCUACUAUGCAAACUUUGAUGGUAUCCUGGGAAUGGCCUACCCCAACCUGGCGGUGGGGAAUAGCCCAACAGUCAUGGAGAGCAUGAUGCAGCAGGGCCAGCUCACCAGCCCCAUCUUCAGCUUCUACUUCUCUCGGAAUCGUCCUGAUCCUCAGCAGCCCUCAUUACCAAUGCCAUAUGUUCCCAGUGGCUACGGAUGGUCCCCUGCUGAUGAAUUUCAGAGACUACUCCGGUUCACGUUCUUGUCUAAGAAUGCAAAGAAGAAUGUGUUGGAAGGGAGAGUGCUGGGAGAGCUGGUCACCUCCAGCCAGCGUUCGUCAUGA